GGCUGUUAAACGUUUCGCUUGGUCCAUUGACUACCACGGAGUUUGUAGAGCGGGCCAAAGGUCUAAUCAACAAGUGGUUUUUUUUGGCUGACAUUUUAAGUGUUUGUUAUAUUUUGGAAAACUUUCAACUAUGCUGCGGAUUUAACAGUGAAGUGAAAUACUCAAAUUGUCUUUGUGAAGGUGAAUCCAUUGUGAAUGGAUUCAUAAAAUGCUAAUUAUGCUUAAAUUGUGCAAUUUUGGAACAAUAUACUUGUGGAUAUUUGUGUUGAAAGUGUUGCAAGCAUGCGAUGGCCAAAGGAUACAGGAAAAUGAGGGCAAUGUAGUAGAUGAGGGCGGGCGAAAAGAGCUGACAGCCAUGCUAAGCCCCUAUCAAAGGCUUCAUUACACGGAUGACUUGUUGCAUGAACGUGAUGGCGUUUGGUGGCAAAUACCGGCAAAAUAUAAACAACAUCCGGUGGUCUAUGAGAGUUUAACAUUCGCACCUUUGCCAACAACAACAACCACAGCAACUACAACCGGAAGUUCCGGCGUAAGUGGCAAGACCCCCAGCAACGACAUUAGUUUUGAAAAUUCCAAAGAUUUUGAUUUAUAUCAAAUGGCAAAACUUGUUGCGAACGCUGACAAGAGGACAUCGCAUCAACUACGUCAUAGAUUUCCAUUAUUGACAUUUCUAACGCCUCCUGCAAAUAUCCUUUACGAAAAGGAUAAUGAAAGGUCGCCGCCAGAUAAAUAUGCAAAGGAUAAGACCAAAAGGACAUUAUGGCUCAAUGAGUUGCAUGAAAUUGAUAAUGGCGGUAACACUAUCGACCCCGUUGCCGCUGACCAUGCCACGAAUCUGUUGAAAAAGUUAAUAUUUCCCUUGCCAAGCUUAAGCAAGAGUAACGGAUACCCUCUCAAUGACAUGGUCGGGCCUUUUAAUUCCAACAAUGGCCCAGGAAAUGAGAAUUUAAAUGAUUUCUAUGAUAUGAAGCAUGCAAUGUACACUAAUUAUCGCAAUACACCCAUUGGAGAUGAGAGUGGAAUGGCUUCUUUAAAUACGCAACAGAAGAGAAAUGGACCGCCUAGGGAUAAGAAACCGAAACCCGAAACAAUUACACCCUAUUUGCCGGCUAUAAGUGCAGGUUCCAUGGUUAAUUUGGGAAAAUUCUUUCGUGAUCUCUCGAAAAAUGUCCAAUUCAGCGAGAAAUAUCAAUGGUCGGCCGAUGAUCAGAAACUUCUCGAAGGUGAUCCUCAUUUUGGCAAUCUACAACAUCACUUCUCCGAACCUGAGGUCACCACCGAUCGCACCGGCGAAUGGAUAAAGGCCAUACGCUUCUAUAGGCCAUCACAGAAAAUCCGCUCACUUGUCGAAAUGAAUCCACAUGGUCAGUGGGCUCAUGGAUCGAAUUUCAUUGAUCCCAAUUACAUGUGGAUGGGUUUGGGUAAAUAGCAACUGCUUCUAGCCAUUACAGUGUUCACACUGUUCUGGAAAAAACGCAUUCCCACACGCUAAAUGGAAUGCGAUAAAUUGGCGAAACUAUUGUUGACAACGAAUGCCUUGAUGUCAUUUCCUCUCCCGCCCUUCUGUGUAACUGUUACUAAGUAGUCCUUACGGAAACUCUGGCGAUCAUUUCUUCCAUCUACAUACGUAUUUACAAUAUAUACAUACAUAUUUAUUGAAUAAAGUGUGCUGUUUUACUUG